CGUCCCGAAUCCGCCUCCGGGACUCGCUCCCGACCCCUAGAAGGAGGCCCAAGACCUGGCAGCACAGCAAGGCCAGGGGCUGCGGCGCGCUCCCCCAGUGCAGGCGCCGUCUGCGAACGGAAGGAGGCGCGCCAGCUCUCGWGUCUGGGCAGCCGCGGUCCGCGUGGAGCAAGGAGUUCCUGCUUGUUUCCUGCAUUAAAGAUUGGUGCCCUUUUGGAAAAAUGAGGCCUCUAAUUCCUGAUGUGACAGGAAUAAGAUUUGCUGUCCUGUCCUGAGUCAAGCAAGUCACUCAGAUCCUGACUCCUUAUUGGGGGAAACUACAGCGAUGGAAACCUUAAAAUCUCAGAACAAAACCAGGGUCCUUCCCUGCUGGAUGACAGCCCAGGUGUCUGAAAGGAGGGUGGUGCCAGUGAAGACCYCCAAGCGGAGGAGAAUGGUGACAGGGCCAGCAGUAGCAGCAGGAACUCCUGCCAUGAAGACUGUGUACUGCAUGAAUGAAGCAGAAAUGGUGGAUGUGGCUCUGGGGAUCCUGAUUGAGUGCCGUAAACAGGAAAAGCCCCAGGAGCAGUCACCUCUGGUGGACGCUGAUAAGCUGGAGCUCUCCCCCAUCUGCUCUGUGUCUCCUCACACAAGUUCUCCUGGGAGCAGCAGCGAGGAAGAGGACAGUGGGAAAGACAAGGCUGCCUGGGGCCUCCGCCCUUCCCAGGGGCAGGGGACUUCCAGCUCUACAUGCAGAAGCCCCAAGGAAGCGGAGGAGGAAGAUGUGUUGAAAUAUGUCAGGGAGAUAUUUUUCAGCUGAGGAUAAACAGCUCGCUGGACUCUGCGGAGAGCAGCAGGAAGAGGCGCUGUUGCCCCUCACCCCCACCCCUAGGGUGCAGAUGUGGCUGCCUGUGUGCCCAGCUCUGCACCUCCCUGGGCCUGGCAGAUUCAUCCUAGAUCAGAAGCUCCAGGUGCCCUGGGCCUCCUGGGGGCUGCUGUUUUCAGUGUGACAGUGAGGACCCAAACCAAAUUCCCAUUAGUUUCUCCUCGCACUGCAUCCCACCUGGCACAGGGGGAUAGAAUCCCAAUUGUCUUGUCUUAUUCUAGAGAAAAUGAGGUCAUGGGGUCCAACUUUUAAGAACCCAAGAGACAAUCAUUUUCAAGGAAAAGUAUGGCUACUGAAUAACUGUGAUUCCCAGGCUUUUGUAGCAUGAUCCCUCCCCAUCAGAGGCCCUUGCCUUCCAGCUUUGAAGACACGAGCUGCCCAUAGUUCCUGCUCCACCUGGGAGGGUGAGACUUUCCAACCAGAGACUGGUAAGCCAGACAAGCUGCCUUGAGCUGCUGCCUCUCUUCCACCUGGA